CACAGAAGAAAUGAAUAUCUGUCAUCAGCACCAACAUCACUGCUGCUUCUGACAGUUUCUGAACUUUACUCAUUCCAUGGAUCCAUUCACUGAAUCCAGUCUACCAAGAGUUAACGAGACUGAAUUACACCUGGAGACGAGGGGCGGAGUCUGGACUCUCACCUGGAGACGAGGGGGCGGAGUCUGGACUCUCACCUGUGAACCUUUUUGAGACUCAGAUCUAGUUUUUCAGGCCGGGGAAUCGAGUCAUCAGGAGAGCUGUGGACCGAUCCAACAAACUAUGAAGGUAGAAGGUGUGUGUGAGCUGAUGUGAAUCCAGCAGCAUGGAUCAGUGUGAGGACAGAGAGGAGGGAGUCCUUCCCUCCAAAACCUCCCCGGGGGGAAAACCUGAGAGUCGGAGAGAAGAAGAGAGGAGACGACCUGGACCUGGACCUGGUCCUGGUCCUGGACCUGGACCUGGACCUGGACCUGGACCUGGACCUGGACCUGGACCUGGACCUGGACCUGGACCUGGACUUGGACCUGGACCAAGCUGUGUGUCCUUGAAAAGUGACAAAUCAUUGGAUAUCUUGUGGAAUUUUAAAGAUACCAGACGUUCUCCCUCAGUGAGGAGACAACCUGGACCUGGACCUGGACCUGGACCCAGUGCGUCUUCAAAGAGUGACCAAUCAGAGGGUUGUUUCAUUCCUUCUAAACGAUGCAGACGUUCUACCUCAGAGAGGUUUCAUCAGGAAACAGACUCUCCUGGACCUGGACCUGGACCUGAACCUGGACCUGAACCUGGUCCCAGCUAUGUGUCCUUGAAGAAUGAUGCAUCAAAGGGUUUAAUUAUCAAUGUUAAAGAUCCUCCUGGUUGUCCUUCAGAAGGAGUGGACCAGCAGAUCUCAGAGUCCCCCAGUGGUCCGUCUGUCCAGCAGCAUCAGACCCAGCUGGACUCCAUCUUUCAGCUGCUGGAGAACGACAUCAUCAUGUUUGUGAAGGUUGAACUGAAGAAGAUCCAGAAGGUUCUGAGUCCAGAUUACCCAGAAUCCUCAGAGAGUCUGGAGGAGGAUGAAGAUGAAGAGCAGAAGAGCAUCAGAGAGACAUUCAUGAAAAUCACAGUGAAGUUCUUGAGGAGGAGGAAGCAGGAGAAGCUGGCUGACCGCCUGCAGAACAAUACCGUUGCUGCCAUUUGUCAAUCCAAACUCAAAAGUCAGCUGCAGAAGAAGUACCAGCAUGUGUCUGAGGGGAUCACUAAAGCAGGAAAGACAACCCUUCUGGAGCAGAUCUACACGGAGCUCUACAUCACAGAGGGAGGGACCGGAGAGGUCAAUGAAGAGCAUGAAGUCAGACAGAUUGAAGCAGCUUCCAGGAAACCAGACGGAGCAGAAACAGCCAUCAGACAGGAAGACAUCUUUAAACCCCCACCUGGAAGAGGAGGACCAAUCAGAAUGGUGAUGACGAAGGGAGUGGCUGGCAUCGGGAAAACAGUGUUAACACGUAAGUUCAGCCUGGACUGGGCUGAAGGCAGAACCAACCAGGACAUUCAGUUCCUGCUUCCGUUCACCUUCAGAGAGCUGAAUGUGCUGAGAGAGGAAAAGUUCAGCUUGGUGGAACUAGUUCAUGGAUUCUUCUCUGAAACCAAAGGAAUCUGCAGCUUUGAAGACUUCCAGGUCGCGUUCAUCUUUGACGGUCUGGAUGAGUGUCGACUUCCUCUGGACUUCCACAACUCUACAAUCGUCAGUGACCCCAGAAGGUCCACCUCAGUGGAUGUGCUGCUGACAAACCUCAUCAGGGGGAACCUGCUUCCUUCUGCUCGUCUCUGGAUCACCACACGGCCCGCAGCAGCCAAUCAGAUCCCUACUGAGUGUGUCUCCAUGGUGACAGAAGUCAGAGGGUUCACUGACCCACAGAAGGAGGACUACUUCAGGAAGAGGUUCAGAGAAGAGGAGCAGACCAGCAGGAUCAUCUCCCACAUCAAGACAUCACGGAGCCUCCACAUCAUGUGCCACAUCCCAGUCUUCUGCUGGAUCACUGCUACAGUCCUGGAGAAAGUCCUGGAGAACGUCCUGGAAACCAGAGAGGGAGGGGAGCUGCCCGAGACCCUGACUGAGAUGUACAUCCACUUCCUGGUGGUCCAGGCCAAACUGAAGAAGGUCAAGUAUGACGGAGGAGCUGAGACAGAUCCACACUGGAGUCCAGAGAGCAGGAAGAUGGUGGAGUCUCUGGGAAAACUGGCUUUUGAGCAGCUACAGAAAGGAAACCUGAUAUUCUAUGAACCAGACCUGAGAGAGUGUGGCAUCGAUAUCAGAGAGGCUGCAGUGUACUCAGGAGUGUUCACCCAGAUCUUUAGAGAGGAGAGCAGCCUGUACCAGGACCAGGUCUUCUGCUUCAUCCAUCUGAGUGUUCAGGAGUUUCUGGCUGCUCUUCAUGUCCAUGGGACCUUCAUCAAGUCUGGAGUCAACCUGCUGGUAGAUCAGACAACCCUUCACACAUCUGAAACACGCAAAGAAGUUCAGGAGGAGGAUGAAGAUGAAGAGGAAAUUGAGGAUGAGGGUAAAGUAGAAGAAUAUGAAGAUGAAGUUGAAAAUUAUGAAGAUGAAGAAGAUGUUGAUGAAGAAGAUGAUGAUGAUGAUGAGGAUGAUGAGGAUGAUGAAGAUGAAGAGACUCGCCUCUAUCACCAUUCUUCAACCGGCUUCUAUCAGACAGCUGUGGACAAGACCUUACAGAGUCCAAACGGACACCUGGACUUGUUCCUGCGCUUCCUCCUGGGUCUUUCAGUGGAGACUAAUCAGACUCUCCUACGAGGUCUGACAUCAAACCAAAGAAGUUCACAGAGCAAUCAGAAAACCAUCAAAUACAUCAAGGAGAAGAUCAGUGAGGACCUGUCGUCAGAGAGAAGCAUCAACCUGUUCCACUGUCUGAAUGAACUGAACGAUCAUUCUCUGGUGGAGGAGGUCCAACAGUCCCUGAGGUCUGGACGUCUCUCCAGAGAUAAACUGUCUCCUGCUCAGUGGUCGGCUCUGGUCUUCAUCUUACUGUCAUCAGGAGAUCUGGAGGUGUUUGACCUGAAGAAGUUCUCAGCUUCAGAGGAGGCUCUACGGAGGCUGCUGCCGGUGGUCCAAGCCUCCAAGAAAGUUCUACUGAGUGACUGUAACCUCUCAGAGGACAUCUGUCCACUUCUGUCCUCAGUUCUCAGCUCUCAGUCCUCCAGUCUGACAGAACUGGACCUGAGCAACAACGACCUGCAGGAUUCUGGACUGGAGAAGCUGUGUCCUGGACUGGAGAGUCCACACUGUAAACUGGAGUCUCUAAGGCUGCCAGGCUGUCUGAUCUCAGAGGAAGGAAGUGCUUCUCUGGUCUCAGCUCUGACCUCCAACCCCUCCCACCUGAGAGAGCUGGACCUGAGCUACAACCAUCCAGGGGAGUCAGUAGGGAAGCGUCUCUCUAGACUGGACACUCUCAGGGUGGAGCCUGCUGGACAACGAUGGCUGACACCAGGUCUGAGGAAGUAUUCCUUUCAACUCACCAUCGACACAAACACAGUCAACAAACGCAUCAAACUGUCUGAUGACAACAGGAAGAUGAUGUUUGUCUGGGAGGAUCAGUCAUAUCCUGAUCAUCCAGACAGGUUUGAUAUUCCUCCUCAGCUGCUGUGUAGAGAAGUUCUGACGGGUCGCUGUUACUGGGAGGUCCUGUGGAGCGGAGAGGCUUCUGUAUCAGUGAGUUACAGAAGAAUCAGCAGGAGAGGAAACUCUGGUGACUGUUUGUUUGGAAGAAACGAUCAUUCCUGGAAUCUGGACUGUUAUCCAGGUGGUCGGUACCGUGUCCUUCACAAUAACAGAGCAUCCAUCAUCUACUCAUCUUCAUCUUCAACCUCUGAUAGAGUAGCAGUGUACGUGGACGUUCCUGCUGGAACUCUGUCCUUUUAUGAAGUCGUCUCUGACAGACUGAUCCACCUCCAAACCUUCAACACCACCUUCAACACCACUGAACCUCUCUGCCCUGGAUUUGGACUCUCGUCCUGGUUAGAUUCCUCAGUGUCUCUGUGUCCAGUUUAGUCUCAAAAGUCCUGUCAGAGAAACUGUCUCUGUUGGAUCCUGGACUUGGACUCUGGUUCUGUUUCCUCAGUGUCUCGAUGAUGAUGAUGAUGAUGAUGAUGAUGAUGAUGAUGAUGAGGAUGAGGAUGAAGAAGAAGAUGAUCACCAUUUAUCUUUAGUUUUUUUAUUGUGUUUUUAUUUGAUCUUUGUAACAUUUAAACAUUAGAUAAUUUACUGGAUUGUUGAUGUUUGAUCAUAAAUUAGAUUUUUAUCU